UGCCUUCAACUGCAGCAGGAGCAUUUCUGGGCUGAUUGAAAAAUCAAUCGUUUGAAAUAAGUCUCCUUAGAAACACAGCGAUAUACGUUGACAUUUGUAAUUGUAAACCGUCUGAGGUGGUUAUAAAAUACAAAAAGACAGUAUCAGUUGCCCAAUUGUGGCACACACCAGCUCUGUAGGACUAUUUGAAUGUCGAGAUGCCAUCUCCGUCAUCGCAUCCGUAUGGCCUGACAGUGGACGAUAUAGCAAGUCAAUAUGGAGCAGCAACAGCCACUAUACACAACUCUGAAACCCGGCAGGGGACCGUCACACGAAGGCCCCCUCCGGAUCGGGAGGACGCCUUGGAGUACUUCAUUAAGUUUCCUAAGAGCUCUGUGCAGAACGACUUGGCGAACUCCAACGCCAACGGCGAAGAUAACGUACCAAUUGUAAUACUGCUAGGCUGGGCGGGCUGCAAGGAUCGAUAUUUAAUGAAGUAUUCAAAAAUUUAUGAGGAGAGAGGCCUAAUAACAGUGCGGUACACGGCGCCGGUGGACACAUUGUUUUGGAAACGCGCUGAAAUGGUACCUAUCGGGGAAAAAAUUCUUAAGCUCAUUCAGGACAUGAACUUCGAUGCCCAUCCCCUGAUUUUUCACAUAUUUUCCAAUGGCGGAGCCUACCUGUACCAACACAUAAACCUGGCCGUGAUCAAUCACAAGUCUCCUCUAGACGUGCGCGGUGUGAUUUUCGACUCGGCACCAGGCGAGCGUCGAAUGUUGGGCUUGUAUCGCGCUAUUAUAGCCAUAUAUGGACGGGAGAAGCGCUGCAACUGCCUUACUGCGCUGGCCAUAACACUAACGUUGAGCAUUAUGUGGUUUGUGGAGGAAUCCUUUGCGGCCUUCAAGAAUCUGUUCAUACACUCGUCUGCGAUCCAUCCCAGUCCGUUCUGCGAGCUGAAAAACGAGAGCAACAAGUUCCCGCAGAUGUUUUUGUAUUCUAAGGGCGACGACGUUAUCCCGUACCGAGAUGUGGAAAAGUUUAUCCGUCUUAGGCGCGACCGAGGAAUCGAGGUAUCAGCGGUGUGCUUUGAAGAUGCAGAACACGUUAAGAUAUACACCAAGUAUCCAAAACAAUACGUUCAGUGCGUCUGUAACUUUAUUAAGAACUGUAUGGGCAUACCUUAUUCUCUGAACAUGCUACCUGAUUGUAAGCCCAGCUUAUCGUCCUCAGGAAAGCAAAAUCGCUCAAAUUUAAAGUACGAUUAAAUGAAAAUAGCACACACUCUACGAACAAAAAGGUAAAGCCUCAAGCAAUGUCACUAUUGAAAUUUUCAAACGCUUUAUUGUAGAAUAUAAUUUAAGAGCUGUUCCAAUAAACAAAUAUAUA